AUGCUAGUGUGGUUAUGCUUUCAGGCAUCAGUGACAUUUGAAGAUGUGGCUGUGACUUUCACAGAUGAAGAGUGGAGGUGUCUGGUCCCCAUGCAGAGGUCACUCUAUAAGGCAGUGAUGCUGGAAAACUAUGAGAGCAUCAUCUCACUGGGCUGGGAGACUAAGCCUAGAAUCCUAGGUGCUUCGGAAGGAACCCUGAGAGAAAGCUAUAGAAAGCGAAGUUCUCUAUGCUCUAAGCAUGAAGUUCAAAUAUUAGCAGGUACAUUAGAACCAGAGAAGAAAAGUCCCAAAGCAGAGACUUGCAAGAAACUCCUUUCUUUGGAUAAAAGCUUGCAGCAAAGGUCAGCACCAUCCAAAAAAGCCCUCACUAAACAUCAAGAUCAGGAAUGUCGUGACUGUGGGAAGACCUUUUUUGACCACUCCUCACUCGUCCGCCACCAGAGGACUCACACUGGAGAGAAGCCCUAUGACUGUCCUGAGUGUGGAAAGGCCUUCAGCCACAGGAGCAGUCUCAGUAGACAUCUGAUGUUCCACACAGGAGAGAGCCCAUAUGAGUGCAAUGCGUGUGGCAAAGCCUUCUUCGACCGGUCAUCCCUAACUGUGCACCAGAGGAUUCACACAGGAGAGAAGCCUUUUAAAUGCAGCGAGUGUGGCAAAGCCUUCUUCGACCGGUCAUCCCUUACUCGCCACCAGAGAAUCCAUACUGGAGAGAGUCCCUAUAAAUGUCAGCAGUGCGGGAAAGCCUUCAGCCAGAAGAGCAUUCUCACUCGUCACCUGCUGAUCCACACUGGCAGGAAGCCUCAUGAGUGCUGCGAGUGUGGGAAGGCGUUCUAUGGUGUCACAUCCCUGAACAGACACCAGAAGGUCCAUACUGGGGAACCACGCUAUCAGUGCAACGAGUGUGGCAAAGCUUUCUUUGACCGCUCUUCUCUUACACAGCACCAGAAGAUACACACUGGAGACAAGCCGUAUGAGUGCAACGAGUGUGGGAAAGCCUUCAGCCAGCGGUGCCGGCUCACACGACACCAGAGAGUUCAUACAGGGGAGAAACCCUUUGAGUGCAGUGUGUGCGGCAAAGAGUUCAGCUCCAAGUCCUCAGUUAUUCAACACCAGAGGCGGUAUGCCAAACAAGGCAUAGACUGAGCAGAAGUCAGCGCUAGACAAAGGGCUUUCCUACAAACUUAGUAGGUCUCCCUGUCACCUACAAAUCCAGCAUUUGCUACUCUGGCCACUGUCUUCCUGUCCCACCACCUCUGCUCCAGUGUCUUAAGUAAACAGUAUACCUACUGUGCUG